UAUAUAUUUUUUGCCAGUAACACACGUUUUGAUAUUGACUAAUAAUAAUUAAAAUUGAACAGGAAAACAGAAUUGUAAAAGUUGCUUGAAUAAUAAGUAAGGAAUGCUCUUCCUGCCCCUGUCAACAUGGCCGCCACAUAGUUACGUGGGACAACCAAGCGUGGUGCCGUAUCCAGUCUCAUAUCUAUCGAGUUAGUUUUUUUUUUUUUUUUGCUUGUUGUUGAAGGAGAAGAAACUUGGAAAAGAUUUUUGUACUUAGAUACAACAUGACGACGCGCAGUAUCUUACUCCCACCUUCCAGACUGCUAUUUAUUUUAAAGCAUGCCCCCUUCCAGUCUGGAUCUUGUGUCAUUCACAGCAAGGCUCAGUAUUCCACCACCUCUAAUCCAAAUGAAAAGAUGUUUGACAAGGUUCUAAUAGCAAACAGAGGGGAAAUUGCUUGCAGGGUGAUAAGGACGUGCAAGAAGCUGGGUAUUCGGACUGUUGCUGUUCAUAGCGACGUUGACUCGAAUGCUGUACAUGUCAAGAUGGCUGAUGAAGCAGUGUGUGUUGGCCUUGCCCCAACUAGUCAGAGCUACCUCAACAUGGAUGCCAUUCUGGAUGCUGUCAGAGACACGAAAUCCCAAGCUGUUCACCCGGGAUAUGGCUUCCUCUCUGAAAACAAAGAAUUUGCAAAGAGAUUAGCAAAAGAAGGCGUGGCCUUUAUUGGCCCAGACACUCAUGCUAUCCAAGCCAUGGGAGACAAAAUUGAGAGCAAACUGAUUGCUAAGGCUGCAAAGGUCAACACAAUCCCAGGAUUUGAUGGAGUAGUCAAGACGCCAGAGGAAGCUGUAGAAAUUGCGCAAAACAUCGGCUACCCAGUCAUGAUAAAAGCAUCAGCAGGCGGAGGAGGGAAAGGAAUGAGAAUUGCGUGGAAUAAUGAUGAAACAAGGGAAGGCUUCCGGUUCUCAUCACAGGAAGCAGCAUCAAGCUUUGGCGAUGACAGACUUCUUAUUGAGAAGUACAUAGAUAACCCGAGACACAUAGAAAUUCAGGUGCUGGCUGAUAAACAUGGUAAUGCUCUGUGGUUGAAUGAAAGAGAGUGCUCUAUCCAAAGAAGGAACCAGAAGGUGGUGGAAGAAGCUCCCAGUACUUUCCUGGACUCUGCGACGAGACGAGCAAUGGGCGAGCAAGCAGUGCAACUUGCCAAGGCUGUGCAGUACUCUUCUGCUGGUACCGUGGAGUUCCUGGUUGAUUCCUCAAAGAACUUCUACUUCCUGGAGAUGAACACACGGCUACAAGUUGAACAUCCUAUAACGGAGUGCAUUACUGGUCUUGAUCUGGUUGAGCAGAUGAUCCGAGUUGCCAAGGGUUACCCGCUGCAGCACAAACAGGAAGAUAUACCAAUAAACGGAUGGGCCUUUGAGAGCCGCGUCUAUGCUGAGGACCCUUACAAGUCAUUUGGUCUUCCCUCCAUCGGAAGGUUGACCCAAUACCAAGAGCCAACCGGUCUCAACAAUGUGCGGGUUGACAGUGGCAUCCAGGAGGGAAGUGAUAUCAGCAUUUAUUAUGAUCCCAUGAUUUCUAAGUUAGUAACCUUUGGUGCUACAAGAGCAGAAGCCCUUGCGAAGAUGGAGGAUGCUUUGGAUAACUACGUCAUCAGAGGUGUAACGCACAACAUUCCACUCUUGAGAGAAAUAAUCACCCAUCCUCGCUUUAUUUCUGGGGACAUUAGUACCAACUUCCUUCCAGAGAUUUACCCGGAUGGCUUUAAGGGUCACCAGCUUCAAGCGGAAGAACAGCUGGAACUGGUAGCCUCUGCAGCAGCACUACACGUAACAGCCCAGCUCUGUUCACAGAAUGUCCGAGGCAACUUGAGGGUGUCCUCAAUACCUGUGCAGCAUACUUGCUGGGAGCUAUGUGCACAGGUGGGAGAGCGAUGGCAUGAAGUAAAAGUUAAUCAAUCCGGAGACAUGUAUACAGUGCAUGUAGAUGGCGAACGGGUAGAUGUCCACGGACAGUGGAACCUGGCUUCUCCUUUGCUACCACUCACUAUUAAUAAUAAGCACAGAAUGUUACAGUGUCUAUCCCGUGAUGCUUCAGGACACAUAGUUCUACAGUACCUGGGCACAUCGUUUAAGGUUCGUAUUUUGUCCAAGUUGGCUGCAGAAUUGAACUCUUACAUGCCAGAGAAAAUUCCUGAGGACACCAGCAGUAUCUUGCGUUCACCUAUGCCUGGAACAGUAGUGGCCGUUACUGUAAAGCCUGGUGAUGAGGUUGCAGAAGGCCAAGAGAUCUGUGUGAUUGAAGCCAUGAAAAUGCAGAACAGUAUGACUGCUGUCAAACAAGCGAAGGUAAAGAGUGUCCAUUGCAAACCAGGUGAAACGGUUGGUGAAGGAGAUCUGCUCGUGGAGCUUGAAUAAAUCAGCGCGUAGCACAGUAGAAGGACCAGUGUCCCCGGCAGAUUGAUAUCCAAAAGGGUGCCUGAGUGUUGAGCUUCGACAAAAAUUUAACUGAGUUAAAAAAAAUAUUAAUCCUACUCCUGUCAAUCAUUGUUUCCCCUGUGUUUCUAAACUAUGACAUUAAGUUUGUUACAUUUUUGUUAUUUGAACACCCAAAUAAAAUAUCAUUAGCAUUUUUGUAAGACCGUUUUACGUGCCUAUGUUGGUUCACCACUUCUCAUAAAAGCUAGAGGUGGGUAAUAACACGUUACAUUUACUUGAGUAACCUUUUUAGAAAAAUGUUCCUGAGAGUAGUUUUACCACACCUUAUUCCGCUACUUCAAGCUAGAGUCGCUACAUUUUUCCUCUUUGUUCUACAUAUUAAAUUUUGCCAGAGACACUCAUAGCGGCUCUACCAGUUUCACCAAUGAGACGUCGGAACAACAAUCACAUGACUCCAUUAUACCAAUCAAGACGUAACAAUACAGUCACAUGACCACACACAAACUUAGAUUCGGAAGUCCGAUGAUCACGCCGGCUUGUUCAUUCACGUUGUGGCAUUAGCAUUACUCGAAAGUGUGGAUUUCAACCUCAAUCCCAGUUUUUAUUUGGCAAAUAUAGACCAUUGAAAACCUGAGAUAUGACUGUUUUUGUUUCAUGGGAGGAAAUGUUUUCUCCACUAGCGGGCACUCGUGCUCUUUGGACGGUUGAUGUUUCAUUUCUGUAGCGUUUUCUAGUGAGAAUUCGAUUAUUUUUCUAAACAGGUAGUCCCCAGGUUACGGUCAAGUUCGAUUCUUUCGCUGGUGACGUAACCCGAAUUUCCACGUAAGCAUCCCUAAAUCUAAAAAUAACUAUCCAAAAACAUGUUUUAUACGUCAUUGUACUGUCCUCGCUAAGACGUUGGAUCUAAAUCCUAGCUAGACAGCGAGCUAAAUUGUAAUCUUUCCAGUCUCUCUCUCACUCAAGGUGUACAUGCGCUCUUACUCAUGUGCGGAACUACUAUUUGGUCUAUGCUUCCUGCGCCAAAAUAAAAGCAUGCAUCAGAAAACAAAGGUCAACAUUAUAAUCAAAUAGACAUUUCGCCAUUAUGACAGAACGGUGAUAUUAAUGAAGUAAAAAAUAACAGUGUAAGGUAAAAUAAGGAACUGUUUACGUGACAAAAAAAAAAAAAGACUGGGGACAAAAUGGCGGACGAGACCCUGGCGUCGUAAAGUCGACAAUCACGUAUGUCAGGUACAUCGUCGUGGACUACCUGUACUUUAUUUGGCCUAAUAUGGUCACGUAAUCUGUUAUAGUACAAUAUAUUAACCGUUCACAUUGAUGACAUUGUGCAGAGAAAAAAAAAAUCUUGACAUUGUAAACAGUUACUCAUUAUUACUCUUUUCACCUACCGGUAAUAUUUUUUACUUGUACUUGAGUAAAAUUUUUGACUAACCACCUAUGCCUGUUAGCUGAUUUCUUAUCAGAAGAGAGGCUUGUUUUUAUACGUGUUAUUGCAUAUGCUGUGGACUUGCCUUGUGUGUGUACAUGUUACAGAUUGAAUCAAAAAUAUAAGGUGGUGAAAUUAAUAAAGUCAACUUUUAGUCUUCAAGAUUUUGCUGCAAGGUUUAAAUAAAGGAGGUUUAACGAUACAUGUUGGGUGAAAUAACUUUUGUUCAGAGACUUUCAAAUUAGCCUUUUUAGAAUUUGGACAUCCUUUUGUUGAGAUGCUACAAAAACGGCGUAUGCCAUGCCAAAUCAUUUGAUGCUGUAUUUCAAUAAACACAUGACAAACAUUUCACAAGCUUGAAU